AUGGCGGCGGCGGGCGGCCCGACGCGGCUGCUGGAGGUGUGCGGGCAGAGGCUGUCCCGCUUCCUCCGCGACGCCGAGCACAAGCAGCUGGCCUGGCUGCGGGAGGUGGAGGAGCAGGGCCUGAGGAUGCUGGAUAGCAACUUCGGGGCUGAGCCUGAGUUAAUGCCCAAAACGCCAUCCCAGAGGAGGCGUCCCAGGAAAAGGCAAUCCUGGGGCCUGAAGGAGGAGAGUAAGGAGCUGAACAGGAGGAGGUUGUCCAGAAGGAGAAGCAGCAUCAAGGUAGUAUCUUCCAAAGCCAGCUCCCAGCAGCAGCACAGGGAGGAGCAAGCCCAGAACCCCAGUGCUCAGGGGGAGGAGGUGGCUGUGCCCAGCUGUGCCAGGAGGUCCCAGGCCAGGGAGCUCCCUGAGCCAGCUGGGAAGGGGCUGGAAGAAGGUUCCGUGGUGACAGCAGAUGGCCAGGACUGCCCUUGGGGUGCUGGCAGCAGGGAUGCAGCCCAUGGGACUGCCACGGGGGAAGCAGGCUCUGAGCUGCAGGACGUGUCCUCUGUCCCUGCCGUCCCUGGGGGCCGGAGAGCGAAGGAGGAGGAGGCCCCCAACAGAAGAGCAAGUACCUCCACACCCAAGGCUGCUAGAGAUGGAGAUCCUGCCAUGCUCCAAGGAGAUUUGUCUCCUCAAAGCCUCGAAAAACUGCUUUUCCAAGACUCUGAGAGCAAAAUGGCUGUGGCGAGCUCCAAAACGCGCCGUUGCUCUGGGCGCCGGAGCCUGGCGGGAGGUUCCCACAGGAGCCACAGGGCAUCCCUGGCACAAAAGUGUUCCCUGGCUGGCAGGAGGGACAGCGUGAUCCAGAGGUCUGUCAGCAGGGCCAGGUCCAAGAAGGCAGCAGGGCAGGAAUCAUCCUCUGCCUCCAGCAGGGUGAGCUGUCAAAGCUCCCUGGAGGUGUUUGUGGAAGACGAUGUGAGCAGCAGCGUGAGACCUGGGCUGGAACUGCAUCCCCCAAGUGAAAAGGCUGCUGAGGAUGUCCCCACUUCAAGCAAAAGCCUACAAGCUGCCAGCCCUCCUGCACAGCACGUGCCUCCUCCAGAGCAGCAGGCAGGCAGCAGUGAAGGAAGCUCUGUAAAUCCCAGCAGCCAGAGCCAGAAGGAGGACCAGGAACAGCCCCAUGCUGCCAGGUCCCAGGAGAAUCCCUCGCGCAUCUGGACAAGGAGCUACAAACAGGCCAUGGGUGCUCUGUGGGGGCAGCAGCCGGGGGGUCGCCCCCUCUCCCCUUUGGAUGACAAGAACAGGAACCCAGCAAACCCAGCUCCACCCUGUUCCUCUCCAGCUAGCAAGGUGGUGAGGCCGCUGAAGAACUUCCUGCAGGCUGUGCAGGGCACCCAGCUGCUGGGCACCCCAGGGUCUGCGGGACGUGGGGGCGUCAUAAGGAACUUCAUCAAACGCAGCACUCCCACCCGCCCUGACAUCAAGGGAGACUUUGUUGAGAAGGAGCGGCAGAGGCUGGAAAGCCUCAGGAAGAAGCAGGAGGCUGAGGAGCAGAGGAGGAAGAAAGUGGAGGAGGAAAAGCAGCGACGACAGGCAGAAAUGAAGCAGAGGAGGGAGGAGCGGCUGCGGAAGGCGCUGCAGGCGCGGGAGCGGGUGGAGCAGAUGGAGGAGCAGAAGAAGAAGCGGAUGGAGCAGAAGAUCCUACAGAGUGAUGAGAAGGCACGGGAGGAGAGAGGGGCCGAGGAGCGGGGCAGGAAGAAGCUGUCAAAGAGGCACGGGGAAGCUGACACACGGAAGCAGAAGGUGCUGAAGGUGGAGGUAGAUGAAUUUGAGCAGCAAGAACCACUGCAGAAAAGGAGAGAGGAUGAAGUGAAAGAAAAAGAAAAGAAAGUCUUGGAACUGAAAAAUCUUGUAGAGCAACACCAGGCGGAGCAAGGGAAGGAGAGGGAUCACAAACAGCGAGGGAAGGAGAAGCCCCCCCAGCUGCAGGUGGAGUCAGCAGUGCUGCCUGAAAAAAACAUCAAGGAGAAGGAAAGGCCAAAAGAGCUGCACCAGAGGCCUGGGCAGGAGAAGAGAGCCAAGCAACCAGAAGCCUUUGCCAUGGCUGCUAAUCCCUGGCUCAGGGCAGUGAAGCAGGAGGAAGGGGUUCUGCAGGAGCCCCGGGAGCUGCUGGGGGAGGAGAAGAAAAACAAGCAGCCAGAAGCACUGGCUGCUGCCUCUGGCACAUGGCUGAGCAAAACUGUACAGAAACCCAUCUACACAUCCUACUUAGGGCCCCUGAAGGGCACAGAGAAAUCCAGAUGCCCAAAGGGAAAUGAAAAUAACUAUGGGAUGGAUCUGAACAGUGAUGACUCCACAGAUGAUGAGAAUGAGCCUCGGAAGCCUGUUCCUGUCUGGGCUGAUGGGACUUGGCUUAAUCAAGCCAUUACACACCAGUACUAUCACCCUGUGGAUGUGGACCAGCUCUUUGGGCUGAUUCCAAGCCCGAGGCUGGAGGAUAUUUUUGGCAAGAGCAAACCCCGGUACUUCAAGCGCACGAGCUCAGCAGUCUGGCUCUCCCCUCCUGGCACCAGAGGGACCUGCUGCCCAUCAUGCAACUUUGAGAACUGAGAGCACAGUGUGUGUGGGGGCCAGGUGGUUUGUCUGCUGAGCAUGCAGCAAGUUUACGAUUUUAAGCCUUUUGUAAGUAUUGAAUAAAAUCCUCUUGCAAUUAA